AUGUCUAGCGUGGCUCCUUUCGCCUUGAAACAGGCCUCACGAGCCUAUGCCCGCCGGCUGGCGGCGGCACAGCACGCCCUUCCGCGGCGGUCGCUCGCCACCCCUAGCUGUCGGACCUACGUCUCCGAGAGCAAGGCUGGAAAUGCCCAGGUUUCGGUCGACACGGCGAUCAAGCAGGAACAGAAGGAAUUUAUGAAGCAGACCGGUGUCAAGCCGCAGAAUGCUGAGCUUCCCGCCUCCGGUUUGUCCGGCGAUACCGCGAUGAGCCCGGCCGCGGGCAUCCUCAAACAGGCUACGAUUAUGGAUCAGGGAACCCGACCGAUCUACCUCGAUGCGCAGGCGACCACUCCGACCGACCCUCGUGUUCUGGACGCGAUGCUCCCGUAUCUCACCGGUAUCUACGGUAAUCCGCACUCACGGACACACGCGUACGGAUGGGAAUCGGAGAAGGCUGUUGAGCAGGCCCGUGGACAUAUCGCCAAGCUGAUUGGCGCCGAUGCGAAGGAAAUCAUCUUUACGAGUGGUGCGACGGAGAGCAACAACAUGAGCAUCAAGGGUGUGGCGCGGUUCUUUGGCCGAUCAGGAAAGAAGAAGCACAUCAUCACCAGCCAGACGGAGCACAAGUGUGUUCUCGACAGCUGCCGACACCUUCAGGAUGAGGGCUUUGACGUGACCUAUCUUCCUGUCCAGAACAACGGUCUGAUCAACAUUGAAGAUUUGGAGGCCGCUAUGCGCCCAGACACAGCUCUUGUCAGUAUCAUGGCUGUCAACAACGAGAUUGGUGUUGUUCAACCGUUGGAAGAGAUUGGAAAGCUUUGCCGCUCAAAGAAGGUCUUCUUUCACACCGAUGCCGCCCAGGCUGUGGGCAAGAUCCCGCUUGACGUCAACAAGAUGAACAUUGAUCUGCUGUCUAUUUCCAGUCACAAGAUCUACGGUCCCAAGGGAAUUGGUGCCUGCUACGUUCGUCGUCGACCUAGGGUUCGUCUUGAGCCGAUCAUUUCUGGCGGUGGCCAGGAGCGAGGUCUGCGCAGCGGUACUCUGGCUCCUCACCUGGUAGUUGGAUUCGGUGAAGCCUGUCGCGUGGCUGCAGAGGACAUGGAGUAUGACUCCAAGUACAUCACACGGCUAUCGAAGCGCCUCUCAGACGGUCUCCUGGCCAUGGAGCACACCUCACUCAACGGUGACCCCGAGCGCCGCUACCCUGGAUGUGUCAACGUCUCGUUUGCCUACGUUGAGGGAGAGUCUCUCCUCAUGGCUCUCAAAGACAUUGCUUUGUCAUCCGGUAGCGCGUGUACCUCUGCGUCCCUGGAGCCCAGCUACGUCCUUCGUGCGCUUGGCAGCAGUGACGAGAGCGCUCACAGCAGUAUCCGGUUUGGCAUUGGGCGAUUCACGACGGAGGCCGAGAUUGACUAUGUGCUAAAGGCUGUCCGGGAGCGGGUGGACUUCCUGCGGGAGCUGAGUCCGCUGUGGGAGCUGGUGCAGGAGGGUAUUGAUUUGAACACGAUUGAAUGGAGUGGACACUAA